UACCAUUUGUCACCCCGACCCCACAAGACAUCUGUCUCAAGGUUGGGGGUUGUGACCACCCCCUGCCUUUCCGGUUCCCUGGCUUUUUCUCAGUCUUAGGCUAGGUGAGUACCAGGCUAUUCCCUCUGCCCUUGACAAAGUAGCCAUCUCCUUGGCCAGGCAGAGUCAUUUGCUAGGAAUGCAGCCUCAGAAUGGGGCUCUGGAUUCGCAGUGAUUGGACUUAAGGAACACGGGGUGGUGAGUUCUGUUGCUGGUAAUGGCACCAGGGAGCAGAGGCUUUGAAAUCUGGAUUGCCCUGGAAAACCCAGGAUGUUUGAUGUGGAGCAGGGGAAGUCCCAGCUCCUGUACAACCCUCCUGCCCCCCACUCUCCCAGAGGAACCAGCCCUUCCCAGCAGCAGUCUGAGGGUGGGGUGCUGUGAAGUCUUUCCCUCCAACUUUGUCCCUGGUCCAGGGCAGAGGGGAGGGCUGCAGCUCUGUGUCCUGGCCCAAACUGAGGGGCAGAUGCCCUCUUUCCCAACCAGGCCCUCUACAAUCACCCACCACUGGGAGCAAAGUCACUGAAUAACAAAAAUUUGGAUAUCUGAGUGUAUGCCAGCAUUGUUCUGAAUACUACAUGUGCAUUGUCUAAUCUUUAGACCAACCUUCUAAGGUGGAGUUGUUCCCAUUUUAUGGAUGGUGAUAAUAAGGCACAGAGGCAAAGUUCCCAAGGUCACAUGUCUACAAAGUGGCAGAGCCAGGUUCUGAACCAGUCCACCUCCCUACCCCAUGACUCCUAGGUCCACAGAGGUCCCAGGACUCAGGUUGGGUAUCAGAGGCCCAUGCAACGAGGAGAGACAGACAGUGCAGAACCUCUUUCUUGGCCUGGAACCUGAGCUUGCUUGGGAUUCCUUGAAACUUUUGACCUUCACAUCCCUCCAGCUGCUAAAUUCAGCUGCUUUUUCCUUUUGGGGAUCAGCACACACCCUUCCUCUUUCUUCCUGACAUCUUCCUGGCAGCCGCUCCAACUUCCCUUCCUGAUAGCACAGAAAAUGAUCUCCCCCACCCCUGCUGAUCUUCCUCUCUUAACUAUGGAGUCAGCCCUCAGUGCCUGGCACCAGCUCACCUUGACACACAGGUGCACCUGCCUCUCCUUCCUUGCCCCUUGUGGUGGGGCUGGGUUUUGCCCAGCUCUGCCUCAAACAGCCCGGAGAAGGGCCGAGAGUCUGCACCUUUGGCUCUCCCCUCCACUCUGCCACUUCAGUUCCUCAGUGGUGCUGGGCCACAAUUUGGAUCAGGCACUGCCCUGUCCUUCAACCACAUUCCUGUCCCCUUCCAGUGAGAAGCACCCAGGAACAGCCUACUUCAAGCUGUUUCCUCCAUGAAGGAAGGAGGAGACCAUGAUUGCUGUUCUUCCAGGUUUUAGCUCCAAAACAUCAGAGAUCAAAACUUCUGGCCUCCCAGCCCUGGACUCCCCCGCACCCCGCCACUUCUUUGCUGCACCUCUGUCUACCCAACAGGCCACCUCCCCUGUUCUAAAUUCCACAGCCUCUCAGUUCAUCCUCUCCCUCCCAAACUUCCCCAAGGAGAAGGAAGUAGCUGCUUCCUCUGGCCCCCACCCCACUUCCUGAGUCUUCCUCUGCCCUCCUCUGUGUGAUUCUCUAAAAGGACCCCCCGGGCUUUCUGCCCAUCUUUCUUCCACAUUGACAUGGCCACCUGGCUGUCCUUUCCUUCUCACUCACUCCCUAGUCCCUUAUGAGGACUGUGGAGUGCCCCAUGCUCCCGGCACUCUCUGAUUUUCCUUCACCAGCUUCCCUUCCCACCCCUGGACGGAGCCCUGGCCUCGCCUAGUAACCUCGUCUCUUGCUCACCCUUACCUUUGGCAGCGAUGGCCUUUUGCUCUGGGUCUUGGUGUCCUGACCUGACCUCUCUUCCAAGCUUCAGUGGGAGUGUUUGUGGGUGUUUGUUUCGGGAUGUUCAUCCAGGGAGCCAUGGCGAGCUCAGGCCAUGUGCUGUGGGCCCCAAAGGUGGAUGUACCCUGAGCCCUGCAAAGGAUGGGGAAAGUGGCCCACAGCACAGGUAGCUCCAUGGGAAGUCCCUUGGGUGUCCCUAACUCAGUAUUAAAACCAAAACCAGGGGCUGGGGAUAUAGCUCAGUUGAUAGAGUGCUCGCCUCGCACGCACUCCAAGCUGACUUUCUGUGAGUGGCUUCACUGAAUCUAGAACUGUAGCUCAGUCAUCUUAAAUGUCCUCAAGGCUGCUCUGCACACAGUAGGUCCUCAAUAAAGCAGUGAAUGCACUGGAUGUGGUGGCCCACACCUGUAAUCCCAGGGAUUUGGGAGGUUGAGGCAGGAUGAUUGCAAGUUCAAGGCCAGCCUCUGUGAUGUAUUGAGACCUUGUCUCAAAAUCAAAAGGGCUGGGGAUAUAGUUCAGUGGUGGAGUGCCCCUGGCUUCACUCCCUAGUUCUGGGGGAUGGGGGAAAGUGAAUGUUUGCCGUCUGUUCUGUUUGUUUGUUCAGUUCACAAGGGACCUGCAGGGCUUUCUCUGUUGGCCAGAGCUCCCCACCCCACCUCUGUUCCCCGCUACCUUUGGCCUCCAUGUAUCCUUUCACACCGUGAGGGUUUAUGAAGUGUUUAUCUCCCUUCUGCCUGAAAGCUUUGAGGUCACAUCUCCCCUAAUCAACUAGAAGUUCCCCUAAUCAACCAGAACUUCUAGGAGGAAGUCCAUGGGAAGCUGCCCAUGACCCUUCACACAUUCAAUAAAUAACUGUUAAAUGGAGAAUGAGUGAAUCUUGGUGUCUCAACACCUGGCAGGGUUCUGCCAUGCCCUUGGCUCAGAGGAAGGGUGCUGGGGUGCAGGACUGACUGAAUUGUAAGAGAACUGCUGUAUGUAAACCUGGCUGGCCACAGUCCGGGUUCUUCUGAGCCCCUCCUUAGUGAAAUGCUGGUGUUCGGAGCAUUAGCUGAGGCAGAGGAGCCUGAAGGCUCAGGCCAUGGCUGAUGAUGAUUAGAAAAGGAGAGGUCUCCCAGAAACAGGGCAAGACUUACCAGGAUGUUGCCAGCUCCCAGUGCUUCUUCCAUGUGGGGCUCUGGCCCGCCAUACCUUCCUGCUGCCAGGCUCGGGAGGAGGGGCUCAGACGUGAGGUCUCUUCAGAGUGCCCCAGACACAUCUGAGCACUCCAUAUUCAGGAAUAAGCACCCCCCCAAAUGGAGACAGAACCCAUUUCGUCCUGCCAGCCCAGGGUCCUUGGGAGAUGUUGCAACUGAGGCUGCAGGGCUGGGUAACAGGUGACCCAUCCCUUACAGACCUUCCAGACUUUCCAGGGCGCCCCCAGCCCUCCUCAAGCUCUCCUCCCGUGUUCUCUCCGCAGGCUGCCCGGCACCCAGAGGAGGCUGCUGAGCCCCGGGCCAUGGUCCCCUCUCGCAGGACGUGGAACCUGGGAGCCACGCCCUCACUGCGGGGCCUGUGGAGAGUGGGCCGGGCCCGGGAGCCCGAGCCGGGGAUGGCUCGCCCCGCCCCAGCCCCAGCCAGCCCCGCCGCCCGCCCUUUCCCACACACCGGCCCGGGGAGGUUGAGAACUGGGCGUGGAAGAGAUACCCUGGUUGGCAGCGACGAGGACUCCAGUGCCCGAGUAGCAGCUCGCCCAGCCCUAGCACGGUGCAGAGCCCUCAGCGUGGACUGGGCGGGCCCCGGGAGUCCCCACCGGCUCUACCUGACUGUGCAGCGGGCCCUGCAGAACAAGGGGUGCGAGAGCCAGAGUCAGGGGACGAAAGAAGACAAGCUCCUGAAGAGGCCGGUGCCGGCCCCCAGGCGGGACCGGGAGGCCCUGGAAGCUGGUGGCACCAUGAAUGUAGAGAAAACAGGUGGGCGGCUCUUUGGCAGCGGGAGGUGCUCCAGCCUGUCGGGGUCUCCGGGCGCAGCCCCCGUGGUGCAUAGGAUGGUGGAGGCCAUGUCCCCGCUUCAGGAGGAGCUGGUGGUCCUACGGGAGAGGCUGGCCCUCCACGACAGUGACCAGCAAGCCACGUCCGCCCAGCUGCAGAACCAGGUGGAAAAUCUGAAGGAGAAGCUCAUCAGCCAGGCUCAGGAAGUGAGCCGACUGCGCUCGGAGCUGGGAGGCACCGACCUGGAGAAGCACCGGGACCGGCUGAUGGUGGAGAAUGAGCGGCUGAGGCAGGAGCUGCGGCGCUGCGAGUCGGAGCUGCAGGAGUGGCGGGCCCAGCCGGCAGGACCCUGCCCGGGCUGCGAGCACAGCCAGGAGAGCACCCAGCUCCGUGACAAGCUCUCCCAGCUGCAGCUGGAGGUGGCGGAGAACAAAGGCAUGCUGUCGGAGCUGAACUUGGAGGUGCAGCAGAAGACGGACCGGCUGGCCGAGGUGGAGCUCAGGCUCAAGGACUGCCUGGCCGAGAAGGCCCAGGAGGAGGAGCGGCUGAGCCGGCGCCUGCGUGACAGUCACGAGACGAUUGCCAGCCUGCGGGCCCAGUCCCCGCCUGUCAAGUAUGUCAUCAAGACAGUGGAGGUGGAGUCACCCAAGACCAAGCAGGCCCUCAGUGAGUCCCAGGCCCGGAACCAGCACCUACAGGAGCAGGUGGCCAUGCAGCGGCAGGUGCUGAAAGAGAUGGAGCAGCAGCUGCAGAGCUCACAUCAGCUGACCGUGCAGCUCCGGGCGCAGAUCGCCAUGUAUGAGUCGGAGCUGGAGCGGGCACACGGGCAGAUGCUGGAGGAGAUGCAGUCCCUGGAGGAGGACAAGAACCGGGCCAUCGAGGAGGCCUUUGCCAGAGCCCAGGUGGAGAUGAAGGCCGUGCACGAGAACCUGGCAGGUGUCCGCACCAACCUGCUGACACUGCAGCCGGCGCUGAGGACCCUCACCAACGACUACAACGGGCUCAAGCGGCAGGUGCGCGGCUUCCCCCUGCUGCUGCAGGAGGCCCUCAGGAGCGUGAAGGCCGAGAUCGGCCAGGCCAUCGAGGAGGUCAACACCAACAACCAGGAGCUGCUGCGCAAGUACCGCCGGGAGCUGCAGCUGCGCAAGAAGUGCCACAACGAGCUGGUGCGGCUGAAAGGAAACAUCCGGGUCAUUGCUCGUGUCCGACCAGUCACGAAAGAGGACGGGGAAGGACCUGAGGCCACCAAUGCUGUGACCUUUGAUCCCGAUGAUGACUCCGUCAUCCACCUGCUGCAUAAGGGCAAGCCUGUGUCCUUCGAGUUGGACAAGGUCUUCUCCCCGUGGGCCUCACAGCAAGAUGUGUUCCAGGAGGUGCAGGCCCUGAUCACCUCCUGCAUCGACGGCUUCAACGUCUGCAUCUUCGCCUACGGCCAGACGGGCGCUGGCAAGACCUACACCAUGGAGGGAACCCCAGAGAACCCAGGCAUCAACCAGCGGGCCCUGCAGCUGCUCUUCUCCGAGGUGCAGGACAAGGCGUCCGACUGGGAGUACACCAUCACCGUCAGUGCGGCCGAGAUCUACAACGAGGUCCUCAGGGACCUGCUGGGCAGAGAGCCUCAGGAGAAACUGGAGAUCCGGCUGUGCCCGGAUGGCAGCGGGCAGCUGUACGUGCCGGGGCUGACGGAGUUCCAGGUGCAGAGCGUGGAGGACAUCAACAAGGUGUUUGAGUUUGGCCACACGAACCGCACCACCGAGUUCACCAACCUGAACGAACACAGCUCGCGCUCUCAUGCCCUGCUCAUCGUCACGGUGCGCGGUGUGGACUGCAGCACCGGCCUGCGCACCACGGGGAAGCUGAACCUGGUGGACUUGGCUGGCUCGGAGCGUGUGGGCAAGUCGGGGGCCGAAGGCAGCCGCCUGCGGGAGGCCCAGCACAUCAACAAGUCGCUGUCAGCCCUGGGGGAUGUGAUUGCUGCCCUCCGCUCCCGCCAGGGCCACGUGCCCUUCCGCAACUCCAAACUCACCUACCUGCUGCAGGACUCACUUAGCGGUGACAGCAAGACGCUCAUGGUGGUGCAGGUGUCCCCCGUGGAGAAGAACACCAGUGAGACGCUCUACUCCCUCAAGUUUGCUGAGAGGGUCCGCUCUGUGGAGCUGGGCCCUGGAUCCCGCCGCACAGAGCUUGGGUCCUGGUCUAGCCAGGAGCAUCUGGAGUGGGAGUCGGCUUGCCAGACACCACAGCCUUCAGCACGAGCCCACUCGGCCCCCAGCUCUGGGACCUCCAGCCGCCCAGGCUCCAUCCGGAGGAAGCUGCAGCCCUCUGGGAAGUCCAGGCUGGUGCCUGUGUGAGGACAUCCAUCCUGCUGGCCUGGAGCUGGACCCUAAGGCCUUGCUGGCCUGCUCCUGCUACAGCAGCACCACAGGAGGUGGAAGGUCCUCUGCCCUGCUCUCUUCAGAGAUAAGAAACAUGUCCAGAAGGAAGUAGUGUCUCUCGGCUGUGGCUCUGGGCACAAUGUCAUGGGCUUAAAGGGCAGGCAGGGAUGGCCCGCCCUGCCUGGCAGGCCUGAGCCAUCCGUCGGAGCUGGGCCCUCACAGGGAGGGCAGGAGCGUGUGGGAGGGUGGGCCUCUGGCCCGGGGUGGCCCAUCUCCUCCCCAGGCUGUGGGCCUGGCAGCCUGCUCUGAGGGGUAGGCUGAGGCCUCACGAAGCACAGGAACCCUGGGAACAGAGCUGAGCUGGUGGGCACCAGGGGCAGCCUGUCCCUGCUCUCCUCCAAGGAGAGAGGGAGGUCCCCAGCCGGGCAUGUACAUAGUGUGCCUAGGUGUACAUAGGCGCCUGGUCCUCCCUGCCACGGGGCCAGGCUGUAUUUAUGGCUGGCAGAGGUGGCCAGUGGGCGGGCCUAAGUCCCCCGCAUCUGCCUGGCACCAGGCGCUGUCCUUGCCCACUGGCUCCUUGACAUUUUCCUUCCUCCGAAAUCCUAUUUAAAGACUUUUGGAAGCUUAGCCAUUUUUACUUAUUAAAAUAAAAGCCUUUUUACACAA